AUGGAAUCCAGUUUGAAAUAUUGUUUGCUCCUGUUAUUGAUAUUUAAUCUAGUUUUUGGAGAUGGUAUUCCUCUGAGAACAUCCAAGAAGGAUGUGUGGGAGCAUAAUGCAGUGGUAGCCUGUGCUGCGCAUCUGAAUAAGCUUCGAUGGGAGUUUGAACAUGAGCAUAGGGCAUAUUAUUCUUUAAUAUGUGAAUAUGAGCCAGCAUUUGGUUCAUGGGCUACAUGUAUUAAGGAUAUUAUAUAUGAUAGGAACUUGAAUCGUAAUGUUUUCAAUAAAAGUUUAACUAGUGUACAACAAUUGUGCUCUUAUGUAUCAUUACAGGUUGGAAAUAUUUCACUUCAGCAGUUUCAUGAUUCCCUUGAUAAUGCCACACUUAAUCUACAUGAGAGUUAUGAGGAAGAUGAACUUUUAAAAUACCCAGUUAGAGUUCCAAAGAAAUUGAGGUUUGAAAUAGGUGAUUCAUACCACUACUAUUCAAAAAAUCUUGAUUUAAGUAAUAGUUUUGGAUUGAUUAUUCUUCAUUAUUUUUUAGAAAUUAUGUUAAUGGUAGGAUUCUUAAAAUUUUUAAAUUAUAAUACUUUUAAAUUGUCAUUGUUAAGGAUCAGAUUCAACAAUUAUAUAAGAGGUAAAUUUUUCAUUCCGACACUUUUCAAAACUCAUGCAGAACAUUUUACUUUUAAUAGAUAUAUAACAGGGAUUCUACCAACCAGAUUUGAAUCACUUCUCAUAUUGGGAUAUCUGAUAUUGCAUUUUAUCUUAUUGACAAUAAAGUUUGAAUUUGAUCCUUUUAAUAUUGUUUUUGCAUCAAAGCCUAUUCAAAUUGCUAGAUAUUUUGGUGAUAGAACUGGUAUAAUAGCAUUUGCUCAUUUCCCGCUAAUAAUUCUUUUUAGUACCAGGACUAACUUAUUGGAAUACCUAACCAGUUUUAACUACUCAUCUUUUAUUAUGUAUCAUAAGUGGAUGGGAAGAAUAAUGGUGUUUGAUUCAAUUCUUCAUGGAAUGUCAUAUACUGUUUAUUCAAUUCUGAAUAAAAGUUUUGUAUCAUCUAAUAAAUUGGCAUUUUGGAGAUAUGGAAUCCUUGCUCUCGCUAUUGCUGUUAUAAUGUGCAUAUUUUCCGUUGGAUUCUUCAGAAGACAUUAUUAUGAAACAUUUCUAUAUACCCAUAUUAUACUGGCAAUAAUUUUUUUUCAUCUUUGUUGGAAUCAUGUUAAAGAUAUAGGGUGGAAGGAAUGGAUUGUUGUUCCCAUCUAUAUUUGGUUAACUGAACGAAUUAUACGGUUGUUUAGGGUUGUUAUUUUUGGGUUCCCAAUGUCAACAAUAAGGCGAGUUGGCGAUGAUAUUCUCAUGGUUACAGUACCUAAACCAAAGUCGGAUUUUAAAAUAGAAAGUGGCCAAUAUUUUUUUGUCUAUUUUCUAGACACCUUAAUUUUUUGGCAAUCCCAUCCAUUCACGGUGAUAGAUUUGGGUGAUGAGGUAAGGAUUGGUAUUUUGGUUAAAGAUGGUUUAACAAAAUACUUGAAAAAUAAAGUGGUAAAUGCAGGUGGAAGGUUAGAUAUGCGAGUUGCAUUGGAAGGGCCAUAUGGUCAUUUACCAAAGUUAAAUGAUUUUGAUAAUAUUUUGUUGCUAGCUGGGGGGAGCGGAAUACCAGGACCAUUAGCGCAUGCAAUUGAAUUAGGAGAGAAUAAUGAUGAAUAUAGUAAUAAGAAUAUACAUUUAGUGAUGGUGGUGAGAAAUAGUUCGUUUUUAAAGGUAUAUGGACCCCAGUUAGCUCGACUCAAAGAAACGAAUGUAGAGGUGUCAAUUUAUUUUACACGUGAUAUUCAUUCUUCAUUAAUCGAAUUAGAUGAUUUAUCUAAUGAACCCAACAGAUAUCAGGACGAUGCAAAUACUGAUAAUAAAAACUCUCUUAAUGAUAUCAUUUCAACAACAGAAUUAAUGGAGAUGACAUUAGCUGAUCUUGCCUUAACAAAAAAUGGGAGGCCGGAUAUUAGGGGCAUAAUUGAAAACUCAAUUUUGUUAGAUGGUUCACUUGGUAUUGUUUGUUGUGGACCUCCUAAAUUUGUGGAUCAGACAAGAAAUAUUUCUGCAGAGUUAGUUGCCCUGUAUAAUUAUAGAGCUGUUGAAUAUUUUGAGGAGUAUCAAUGUUGGUAA